AUGGCGCGUUUUGGUAGUGAUGGGGAUAGUGACGAUGCUAUGCAGUAUAGUAAACUAUUACGUCAACAAAAGAAGCUCUGUGAUGAAGCCAUGGAGCUAGUAAAUGCUGGUGUUGCAUUGCAAAAUGCUUCACCACCUGAUACAGCGGGUGCUGAUGCUAAACUCUCACGUGCUGUCACACUCAUGGAACAAGCACUUGCAAUGGAAUAUCCUACACAAGAAGAACGUGAUGCAAGUCAACGUCUUAAUAACAAGAUGAAUCGUUAUGUCAAAAUGAUUCGUAGUCAGCGUGAGAAGGGCAAUAGUGGUACUUCUGGCCGUGGACAUAACACCAAGUACAAUAUUUUGCCCAUGGAUAGUUUACCAUCGACGUAUAAUGCAGUAGUUGAACUACUAACAAAUUCGUCGGCGGUUGGUGAUGUCUUUGAAAGUCUCAAGAGCGCAUUUGGCUUUCAAGAGGGUAAUGUGACGAAUCAGAAGGAACAUGUGCUGCUCAUGUUGACAAACUUUAAACUUCAAGAAGAAGAUCCAAACCAAAAGAAUGAGGAACAUCAUCAGCUAGAUCGACAACAAGAAUUGGACAUGGCUAAUAAGGGCACUAAGCGGUUCCAUGCACGUAUCUUUGCCAACUACAUCAAAUGGUGCAAAUACGUGUCGACGAAACCUGCAUUCACGAGCGACCCUGUUGUGGACAUUGUGCUGUUUUUCCUCGUAUGGGGAGAAGCGGGUAACUUUCGACAAAUGCCUGAGUGUCUCUGUUUCCUACUACAUACGUUACUGCCCCAGGCUUCGUCCCGCGGCGGUAGCAAGAACCCUGGCGAUUUUCUUGCUGAGGUCAUUCGCCCCAUGUACAAUGAGAUUAAGAAGGAUAACGACAAGAAAACGUCACAGGGUGCUCGAGCUCCUCACGCAGAGAUUCGAAACUACGACGACUUUAACGAGUUUUUUUGGAGCAAGAAAUGUCUGAAGUAUAGUCCGACGACCAUAUGCGAGGCAUUUGGUGAAGUUGACAAAAAGGGUCGCCCGAAAGUUAUUAAAAAGAGCUUUGUUGAAAAGCGUACGUGGAUACGCGCGCUGAUAUCCUUUCGUCGUAUUUUUUGCUUCAACUGUGCUUUGUUCCUGGCCGUCUGCGGAUUUGCACUCAACGUGGUCAUGUAUUGCCCCGACACACCUAUCUUGUACGGCGCUGGUUUGAGCAACGGCAAUUCUCGAGGCUUUACAGUCUUUGGCAAGAAUUUUACGGCAUCUGAUGUUACUGCUUAUGGAUCAGGUGACGGCUCAACUGACAAAUCAGGCUCUGGAGCAAGUUGUAACCAUCAAAUGUUGGCCACUUGCCUUGGCAUGACAUACACAAAAGGCAUUUUUGAGAGCAUUCCAAUUGACUUCAAGGCCUUGCUCCAAGUUGUGCCGUUCACUGACUGUUUGGAGCAAACUACUGGCCGGUGCGGCUGUUAUUUGGAACUUGUGGACAAUUGUUUUUCGGAAACCGGGCAAACAUUGAAAGUCACCGAAGACGAGCUCACGUUUUCAUCAUCGAGUGAAUACGAUCAGAGCAUGUGCGUUGUGAACUGGCGCGCUGCCGUCGAGUCCAUUAUUAAGGAGCCUGGUCCAGGUAAGCUCAAUUGCGAGAUCUGUCAGUUGGGAAUUAAGGCGUUGAUUACGAACGGCAGGAUUGGCGAUUUGAUUGGAGGUUUGUUGAAAUUUGGCGAUGGCACGCCCUUAGCGGCUGAUGAUAUCAACAACACUGAUCGUACGGACAUGGGUGGUCUAGCCAUGGUUGGUGGAGGUGCAUGCUUGGUUCUUGUAUGUGUGUGCGAGUUUUUCAACAAGAUCUCUUCGCGUGUCGGUUCGGGCUACGUCGGUCGUUCUUUGCCCGUGCCUUUUCGCGCUUACUGCCGGUACACUUGCUUUUGGAUUUUUUUGUUUAUGUGCAAGCUCACGUUUGACUACCAAUACAUGAUCAAGGCCUUGGUGGAAACGACGUUAUUCAUUUGGUAUGCAAACGAAGAUGAGUACUUACCGUACUCGAACUUUAUUCUCCAGGUGACGUUCCACAACAUUAUCUAUAUUCUGUUCUUGUGGAUCCCGUCCUUUUUCGUCUUCAUGUAUGACGCGCAGAUCUUUUAUUCGGUUUUGUCGGUAAUAUUUGGUUCGUUCGCGGGAUUUAAUCUCCGAAUCGGUGAGCUGCGCUCUUUCCGCGUACUUCGACUCUCGUUCAAGUCCAUUCCCCGCAUGUUCAACAAAAAGAUUGUCCCGAACAUUCAGGAUGGUGCGGCUGAUGGCAAGAAGAAAAAAAAGAAGAAGAAAAAAGGCGAAAAAGAGGAGUCUACGAUGCCAGUACGACACUUUGAGCGUGUAUCAAUGGCGGAUGGAAUCAAGCCUCUUACUGUGAAAGCUCAAAUGUACUCGAAUCUUCUGGACCAAGGCGGUGAUCAUUUGUACAAUGAGGUAAAAACGCCAAAUGACAAGGAUGACGCGAGCUCAAUUGGUCGGCAGUCUCAGCUGGGGUCCGUCACGGGUGUCUCCGGAGCUGACUUUGAGCGAACGAUUCCAUUUGCAAUGGCUUGGAACCGUUGUCUGGGCAGUCUCCGUGAAGCCGAUAUCAUUAGUGAUCGCGAGCUCAAUGUUCUGAGCUACUUGAUCGACUCGAAGGACGCAGAAGACCGAAAGCUGUACCCACCAGCCUUUUUGACUGCAGGAAAGCUGGAUGAAUCACUUGACAUCAUCGAGGACUGUUCAGCAGUGUACGAGAAGCUGAGCUCUGAUAAGAAAAAGAAGGAGAAGACACUGCAGAAGAUUGAGAACACGAUGCGCGAGCGUCUGACAAAGGAUGACUUGCGUGUCGAGUCGCUUCUUGGAUCGUACAAGUUUACUUCACAAGCUGUUCGUUUUCUGCUUGGAGACGAGCACAGAGAUUUGAACGAGUGUUUUGAGUUUAUGGAGGAGAUGGCUGCGCAACAGUCUGUGCUCAAGGGCCUUAAUUUGAAAAGUCUUCACGAGUGCCGUGCAGCUUGUGCUGAGCUAAUGAAGGCGCUGCUAGAAGUGCCGAAGACGACAUCAGACAACAGCAUAAAGUUUCAACGGGCUCUUUACCGCGUUAUUGACUGCGUGGAAACCGUGCUGAACUGCAUGAAAAAGAUUCUUGCAAAGCAGGAAAACCUGGUACAGAUUUUGACGGACACUCCGUUGAAGCAGAGCUCUUUCUUCUUCCCGGGCGACGCUCAGCAGUAUGCGAACGUGCAGCUGCAACGUCUUGUGAAUUCGGAGGCAGCAUUAGACAUCGUGUCACGAGCGUACCAAUUGUUGACGGUAGAUAAUUUUGACGCCGAGCCACGCUCUGAAGAGGGACGCCGCCGUUUGCGAUUUUUCGCCAAUUCGCUUUUCAUGGAUAUGCCAGAUGCGAAACCUAUUCGCAAGAUUCGUUCACUGACGGUAUCGACGCCAUACUAUAACGAGAUUGUCAUGUACUCGAUCAAGGAUUUGACUGCUCAAAAUGACGACAGUAUCAAAUUAAUUUACUAUUUGAAGACCAUUUAUCCGUUUGAGUGGGAGAAUCUGCUGGAGCGCCUCCAGGCGAAGGACAUGGAAGAGGCUCUGAAAAAGUUUCCCGAGGAAGUUCAGUUGUGGGCUAGCUACCGUGGCCAGACGCUGGCUCGUACGGUCCGAGGAAUGAUGUACAAUGAGGACGCUAUUCGUUUCCUUCAUUGGCUUGAAAUUUGUGAGAACGAAGUCAUGCACCAGUUUGGAUGCCCGUGCAACAAAUGCAAGCGCCUGGAUGAUAUGGUAGCACUUAAGUUCAAUUACUUGUGCACGUGCCAGAUAUACGGAAAGCAAAAGGAUGAACAAAGACAACAGGCUUCUGAUCUCGAGUAUUUGCUCCGCAAGCAUCCGACACUACGGGUUGCUUAUGUGGACGGUCCUAAAAAGUUGGCUCUUUUCGAGGCCAAACUGUCUUCUGGUGCCGGCGAGUGUGUCAUUUCACGUGAUGCGAUGCGCAUGGCUUCUCGCCUCGAUUUUUUCCGUCUACAUUCUUGGUUCUAUGGUAAUUUGGGUUGGUACUUUACACAGACAAUGACGGUCGUGGGUGUCUUCUUUUUCAUUUACGGCAAAGUCUACAUGGCACUGAGUGGCAUGGACACUUUCUUUUUGGAAAAGGGUGGAUUGGGUAUCGGUGGCACGUUGAACACUUCAUGGGCGUUCCAGUUUGGUUUUCUGUUAGUGGUUCCAGUUGUUGCAGUGGUUGGCGUCGAGCAGGGUUUCCGGCAUGGUGUUACGUACCUGUUGUGGAACAUUCUGACGCUCGGUCCGCUGUUCUUUACAUUUCAGAUGGGCACGCGUAUGCACUACUUUGACCGCACGCUUGUCCAUGGUGGCGCUAAAUACCGUGCAACGGGUCGUGGUUUUACGAUCAAGCACGAGAAAUUUGCAGAGCUCUAUCGCUUUUACGCAUUCAGCCACUUUUACCGCGCGGUGGAACUUGUGUUUCUGUUGAUUCUGUUCCGUGUGUACGGCACGUUUUCAUGGUGUAAUUGUUCGUGGACACAGGACGCCUUGUUUUACAAUUACUUCAAGCCUUCUGAUAACGACUGGAACACGCGUUGCUACGCAUAUUACUACCAAACGAACGUGGUUAUGGGCGCCGUUUUUUUUAAUCCCAGUGGUUUUGACUGGGACAAGCUGAUUGAAGACUACACUGAUUGGCAAAACUGGCUCAAGACAACGAACGAUUCUGCAGCAAGUUGGUCGGGAUGGUGGUUGAAUGAGCAGGAAUAUCUCGAGCAUUCGACGCGGGGCGCACGCAUUGUAUCUAUGAUCCGCAAGACGCGGUUUUUCUUUAUUGCCUAUGGUAUGUACCUUCAACUGGUGUACAAAUCAUAUUACGAGGAUCGAGAUCUUGUGAUUGAAAAGGGUUCAAUGAUUUCUCGUGUGAAGAAGAAAUUGACGUUCAAGCAGAAGAAAUUGCGCAAGAUGAAGUUUGUACUGUCUUGCUGUGGCCUCCUCGUAGCUGCUGCAAGUCUCUUGAUCAUCUCGGUUAGUAACUUGAUUGAGAUUGCAAUCAUCAUCCUAUUGGCCGCAUACUGGUUCUUGCAGAUUUGUAUUUACCGGAAUCAAACCAACCACGUUGUAGUGCGUGGAAUGGCUCGGUCAUAUGACCGAUGGGUAGGCUGGAUUAUCCUGGGUCCAGUGCUUUUCAUUGCCAUGUUUCUACCAUUUCUCUCAGCUUUCCAGCAGCGUGUUAUGUUUAAUAAUGCAUUCACGUCUGGGCUUGAAGUAUCAAAGCUCUUUGCAAAUGAAGCGGCAUCAUCUACGAGUAAGAUUGUCAAGGUCAAGCGUGUAGCCAAGAAAAAGAAGCGGAAUGAUUAG